UGCGUUUCUAUGAGGGAGUAGUAGAACUCUCUCUUACAGCUGCUGAGAAGAAAGAUCCCCAAGGUCUUGGCCUUCAUUUCUAUAAAAAUGGGGAACCAGAAGAGGAUGUUGUUGGACUCCAAGCUUUUCAAGAGAGAAUGAAUAGCUACAAGUGUAUCACUGACACCCUUCAAGAGUUAGUAAAUCAAAGUAAAGUUGCUCCUCAGUCUCCCAGUGUACCCAAAAAGCCAGGUCCUCCAGUGCUGUCGUCUGACCCCAACAUGCUAAGCAAUGAAGAAGCAGGACACCAUUUUGAACAAAUGCUAAAGCUGGCUCAGCGUUCAACAGAUGAACUCUUUAGUAUUUCACUUUAUAACUGGUUGAUACAAGUUGAUUUGGCUGACAAACUGUUACAGGUGACUGCCCCCUUUUUGGAACCCUACCUUGUGCAGAUGACCAAGAUUGACCCAAACAAAGUCAAAUAUAUAGAUUUACUUUGGAGAUACUUUGAAAAGAACAGAAAUUUUAGUAAUGCAGCCAGAGUCUUGGCUAAGUUGGCCAACCUGCAUAGCACAGAAAUUUCUCUUCAGCAGCGUCUUGAAUACAUUGCAUGUGCCAUUUUGAGUGCCAAAAGUUCCACUGCCAUAUCCUCUAUAGCUGCAGAUGGUGAAUUCCUACAUGAACUGGAAGAGAAAAUGGAA